UUCUUGAAACACAGCCUCCCAAUUCCAUUCUUAUUCUUGCUUUCUCUCUCUCUCUCUUCAUUCUCUUCUACGCCUUUCUUCGUUUACAGCAUCAAUGGAGUUUUGGGGUGUGGAAGUUAAAGCUGGUGAGACUCUUAAGGUUGUGCCUGAAGAGGGUUCAAUCAUACAUAUUUCUCAGGCUGCACUUGGUGAUUCUAAAGUGAAAGGGAAGGGUUUUAUUCCUCUUCGUUUAAAGAUUGAAGACAAGAAGUUUAUUUUGGGAUCACUAUCUGGAGACGGCAUCCCUCAUGUUACCUUUGACCUAGUGUUCCACACAGAGUUUGAAUUGUCUCACGAUGCUAAAGAUACAAGUGUCUUCUUCCUUGGAUAUAAGGGUGAAGUUGAUGAUGAUGAAGAAUUUCCAUCUGAUUCUGAAGAUGAAUCAUUGGAUUCUGAGGAUGAAUUGGCUGCAGUCAAUGAUGAAACUCUUAAGAAAUUAUUGGGCACUACAAAUGGAGCCAAACCCAAAUCUGAUAAUAAGGCAAAGGUUGCUGUGAAUGAGCCAGUGAAGAAAUCAGAGGAUGAUGAUAGCUCUGAUGAAGAUGAUGAAGAUGAUGAUGAUAGCUCUGAUGAUGAUAUUCCUGCCAUAGGUGAGGAAGACGAUUCAGAUGAUGAUUCUGAUGAUGAUGCUGAUGAAUCCUCAGAAGAGGAGGAGACACCUAAGGAGGUCACUCGUGGAAAGAAGAGAACUGCUGAAUCUCCUAAAGAGAUUCCAUCAUCUGCUAAAAAGGCCAAAGUUGGAGGUCAAGCUUCAAAGGCUGCUAUUGUGAAGGCUGCUGCUGCUCCUGCUGGGAACAAGCCAAAGGGUCAAGCCCAGAAAUUUCAAGGAAACAAGGGUAAGAAAGGAGGCAAAUGAAAGACAGCAGCUAUGAUAUGAGGACAUUCAACAUCUUCCCCAUAUUUUUUAAACAAAAAUUUUGAUAUCUGUUGUCAUUUCAUUGUUUUUAGUUUUUGUUUUUGAAAGUAAUUUCUGCUACUGUCUUGAAAGAACUAUUUCUCCAUAUUAUUUAUUCAAAGGUUUAUUGACCUAUUUUGAAAUU